UGACACGACUCGGUGAUCGUGAGAGAGUACCGGUGUAGCAUCCAACAAAAACCGUCGAAGAUUUUCCUGUUAAUUACUGUUGCGAGUAAUUAAUUCAUUUAUCAUUGUUAGCUUCAACAUCAAACAAGGAUAUUGACUUUGAAAACAGUUCAUGGAAAACAGAGGAAGAUGAAAGACCUCUUCUACAGGCCCAUUUUCUGAGACAACGGCUAAACGCCAAAACAUCGGAGAUCAGACUGAGACGUGCUGCUCAACUCAGGCCAGGAACGUCCCGAUCCCCCGACUUGUUACGGGAGGUCGGUCCAUGCUCGGAGAGCUACACCAGAGUAUCUUCUCUUCUCGUGUAGACUACACACAUCAGUGACCUUUUACGUAAUCUGGGUAUUCUGAGAGUUUCUGUGUAUCUAGACAGCUCAAGUGUUGCAAUGGCGGCAGCAGGUGAGAAGAGAGAGCAUCUUUAUAAGGUGCUGGUCAUAGGAGACUUGGGAGUCGGCAAAACCAGUGUCAUCAAGAGAUACGUCCAUCAGUUCUUCUCACAACACUACAGAGCCACAAUUGGUGUCGACUUUGCCUUAAAAGUGAUUAACUGGGAUGCAGAUACACUAAUCAGAUUACAACUAUGGGAUAUAGCAGGUCAAGAAAGGUUCGGCAACAUGACCAGAGUAUACUACAAAGAAGCUGUAGGGGCUUUCAUCGUCUUUGACGUGACCAGGGUGUCAACGUUUGAAGCCGUAGCCAAGUGGAAGCAUGAUUUAGACUCAAAAGUGCAACUCCCCAACGGUAGUACCAUUCCAGCUGUUCUAUUAGCUAAUAAGUGUGAUCAAACCAAAGAAGGCCUUGUGAAUAAUAGCAGUCAGAUGGACGAGUACUGCAAGGAUAAAGGAUUUAUCAACUGGUUUGAGACAUCGGCCAAAGACAACAUCAACAUUGAUGAAGCUGCAAGGUUUCUAGUCACCAGUAUCCUAGCAAACGACAAAGCAAUAAACCACGAGGAGACGGAACCGGAUGGGGACCCUUUCAAGUUAGAUGGUGAAAAACCACCGGUAGAAGAGAAGGGGGCAUGUUGCUGACCCCUUAGCUAUUACCCUUCCCCCCCCCCCUCUUCUCUCCCUUUUCUACCAUUCAGUGGCAUAC